CUAAACUGUCACUCGCUUUCUGCAAGUGGGCAGAGCAAACAGAGGCUCGUGCGCUGUGGCUGGCUGAAAUCAUUCCAGUCUGCUCAACGCAGCGACAUCGCCACUCGCUCCUUCCCUGGAUUUUGAGUGCUUAUACCACCCGUAUAUCAUCACCGUGGGCUACCGACAGAAACCAUUAAAAAGGAUGCAACAGGUCGGACUCAGUCCACUGAGAUGUUACUGAGCGAUGAGGAUGGGUCAGAGAAGGAAAUCCCGUCGGUGAGGCAAACAAGCCGUGCGCCACGCCCCAAAAACCACCGCAGCUACACCGACUGACGCAGCCAUGCCCAGCCUGCCCUCCUAAAUCUCCUCCCCAGCCUCCGCACCUCCCCUCGGUCAAAUCAGAGUCACAGCAGCCCCAACAACUCCCUAUAAAGUCAGCAUGGCUACACCCUUCCUGUGGAAGCUGUCAUCCCAGAAGCUGGGCUUCUUCCUGGUCAGCUUUGGGUUCAUCUGGGGCAUGAUGCUGCUGCAUUUCACAAUCCAGCAGCGAGCCAGCCAUGAAAACAGUGCUGUGCUGAGGCAGCAGAUCCUGGACCUCAGCAAGCGCUACAUCAAGGCCCUGGCUGAGGAGAACCAAAGUGUCAUGGAUGGGCCCUAUGUGGGUACCAUGACAGCUUACGAUUUAAAGAAGACUCUUGCAGUGCUGCUGGAUAACAUCAUGCUGAGGCUUGGCAAGCUAGAGUCCAAGGUGGAAAACAUCUACAACGGCACAGGGGGCAACCUGACCAACGGCACCAGCACUGCCACACCCAGCGCCACAAAUUCAGAAAAAGUAAACGUGGCAGACCUCCUAAACGGAGCCCAGGAGAGGUGCGAUCUGCCGCCUUUGGAGGGUUUCCCUCACUGCGAGGACAAGGUUAAGUGGAUGAAGGAGAUGUGGCGAUCAGACUCCUGCUAUGGCAACUACGGCGUGGAUGGAUCCACAUGCUCCUUCUUCAUCUACCUCAGCGAGGUGGAGAACUGGUGUCCUCGCCUGCCUUGGAGGAUAAAGAACCUGAAUGAAGAUUUAGACAGGAGGGGACAGGCGGAGGUCCGGACCAGUUUUGAGGAGCUUUACCGUGUGAUGUCACAACGUGAGGAGUUCCGCUGGAUGAUGCUGAGGAUCAAACGCAUGGCUGAGCCAUGGGUCAGCGCCAUCCGCUCGCUGGCUGCCAAGCAGAACCUGGCCCGGCGUCGGAGGAAGAAGAUCCUGGUGCACUUAGGCCUGCUGACCAAAGAGUCAGGCUUUAAAAUAGCAGAAAACGCCUUCAGCGGUGGCCCAUUGGGAGAGUUGGUCCAGUGGAGUGAUCUCAUAACCACGCUGUACCUGCUGGGCCAUGAUGUUCGCAUCUCAGCCUCCCUGGCGGAGCUCAAAGAGAUCAUGCGCAAGGUCAUGGGGAACAAGUCCAGUUGCCCGACGCAGGGUGACAAGGUGGUUGAGCUCAUCUACAUUGACAUUGUGGGCCUCACCCAGUUUAAGAAGACGCUGGGACCUUCCUGGGUCCACUACCAGUGCAUGUUGCGGGUGCUGGAUUCGUUCGGGACGGAACCAGAGUUCAACCACGCCCACUACGCCCAGUCCAAGGGUCACAAGACGCCCUGGGGGAAGUGGAAUCUCAACCCGCAGCAGUUCAACACCAUGUUCCCGCACACCCCAGACAACAGUUUCCUGGGCUUUGUCGUGGAGCAGCACCUCAACGCCAGCGACAUCAGACACAUCGAUGACAUCAAGAGACAGAACCAGUCACUAGUCUAUGGCAAGGUUGACAACUUCUGGAAGGACAAAAAGAAAUACCUUGACACCAUCCACAGCUACAUGGACGUCCACGGCACCGUGCACGGCACCAGCACUGUGCACCUUCCGAGCUACGUCAAGAACCACGGCAUCCUGAGCGGCCGAGACCUGCAGUUCCUCCUCCGGGAAACCAGGUUGUUUGUGGGUCUGUCCUUCCCCUACGAGGGUCCUGCCCCCCUGGAGGCCAUCGCCAAUGGCUGCGCUUUCCUCAACCCCAAAUUCAACCCUCCAAAGAGCAGCAAGAACACCGACUUCUUCAAAGGCAAACCCACGCUGAGAGAGCUGACCUCUCAACAUCCGUAUGCUGAGGUGUACAUUGGUCAGCCCCAUGUGUGGACGGUGGAUAUCGAAAACUCUGCCGAGGUGGAGCGGGCCAUUCGCUCCAUCCUCAGCCAGAAGAUUGAGCCCUACCUGCCCUAUGAGUUCACCUGCGAGGGUAUGCUGCAGAGAGUCAACGCCUUCAUUGAGAACCAGGACUUCUGUCACGGUCAGGUGAUGUGGCCCCCUCUCAGCGCUCUGCAGGUGAAACUGGCCGAGCCGGGCCACUCCUGUAAGCAGGUGUGUCAGGAGGAGCAGCUCAUCUGUGAGCCCUCCUUCUUCCAACACCUCAACAAGGACAAGGACCUGGCCAGGUUUGGUGUGGACUGUCAGACGGUGGAGUCAAGCGCAGACACGCUGGUCCCGGCCUACAGCGAGGCUCGCCACCACUGCAUCUUCCAGUCUGACCUUCUGCUGUUCAGCUGCGCGGGCGCCCACCAGUCACUGCGACGCAUCUGCCCCUGCCGCGACUACAUGAAGGGCCAGGUGGCGCUGUGCAAAGACUGCCUAUAGCACCAACACCCAGGCUGAAGGGAGGGGGGGCUGACAGAGGAUAGGGCGGUGUUCAAGCGUGGCUGGAUGCUGUUUAACGAAGUCGGAGCAGCUCAAUGAGUGUGUUUGAGAGACAUGCAGCUGUCAAUCAAACACACACACCAGACUUUUGUGGGAAGCUGUCUGCGCAGAAAAACAUUCAAAGGACUGCGUAUGUUCAUCAUAUUUAUUGUUUUCCCCAGCUGCUGGAGGUAAAGCAGCCAACCUGAGCAUCCGUCAACCCUCUGGUUCACCAGCGGCGGUGCUGCGAGUCCCGGAAGCGGUGUAAAAUUACUUGAAUCAACAAAGGGAGUCGUCUUUAAAACUGCAGCCUCCUUGGUGGACUGCACAUCAGUGACUGCCUGCCUGCCUUGUCUUCAGGUUCAUCACGGCAGCAAGGCACCAAGGAGACUGAACCGCCCCCCGCCCCCCGCCCCCCUCCCCCUCCACUCCAACCCCUCCAUCCACCACCCCUGGUCAAAUCUGAAGCUGUUUAUUCAUUCUUUAGGUAGGUUUGCACUGGACUGACAUGCCUGAAGGCAGAGAGAGACGCGCACACACACACACACACACACACACACACACACACACACACACACACACACACGCACACACACACGCUAACAGACGGCGGCUAAAGAAGAACCCAGUUUUACACUGUAACCAACUCGUUCCUGUCUUCUGGACCAGCACGACGAGAGCGGACAUGUAACGUAGAGAUCUAGAUUUUUAUUCUGGAAGUUUUAGCAUUUCCAGACACAUACCCCAGACUUAAAGGCAGUCCUCAUUCCCUCUUAAAAGACCGAAAAGUCCAGUUGUGGAUCAGUCACCGGCAUGGUCCUCCCCUUGAUUUUCAUACAUUCACUUUUAAAUUGCACACUUGUUUUAAAUGACUUUUAUCAAAAAGAGGAUUUAGUGUGUGUGUUUCUACAAAAGGCCAGUAGGGGAGCGUAAACAUUUUUUUUGUUCUGACUGUUGCAGCAGCAUGCCAUCCGGUACUACACACACAUUGAGAGGCGAGGAUCCGGAAGGCGCGAGGGUCAUUCUCUGUAGCUAAAGCUGUCGUGUACGGAGUGGCCGCGUCGUAGGUUGUUGUGACAUUUCGUCGUAGAUGAUAAACCGUCGUCAGUAGUGGUGGUAACGCCUAGAUACACCACAGCCCAGGCGAGGAAGCCUUUACAACACGUUUUCCAAAGAGGAAACAUGAAAACCUUACUGAGAUGUUUGUCUGUGUCUACACAAACUGUUACAAUACAAAAACACAGAUCCACACUCCUUGCCAGACAAAAGCUGUAAAUCCUUUCAAGCCAACUGUAAGCAACAAAAACAUGCCAACGAAGCGUUCCUGCAACGCAAAACCUCGCAUCUCCUCAUUUAUUUCGAUAAUUGUUAGGAUCUUAAUUUGCCUGCAGAUUUGCGAAGAAAAAAAUUGAGAUAAAAGUAAAAUUCGUAGUUCUUGUGGUGAAAAGAAAUGCACUACGGUAAUCCAUUUGCAGAGGUUUAACAAGAUAUUACUGACACUGUAUAUUGUUCAUAUGGGUUUUAAAGGUUUUCUUUUUUAUUUAUUUAGUAUACAGAUCUUUAUCUCUGUGUUUGCUGGAAAUCUUUGUUUUUAAUUUAUAGGAGGGAUGUCUCUUUUUUUCUCUCCUUUUUAUAGAUUUUUAUUUAUGGAUAGUAAUUUAUAAAAAAUAAAAAAAUAAGCUUGUUUGUCUUUGAGUGUAUGCCCGGGAGGGGGAGGCGUUGUCUGCCUCUGUUCAGCUCUCAGCAGUGAUGUGAAAAGACCUUAUAGAUUUGAGUCUCGCUGGUUAUUUCAUGAUUGACUUUGCAUUUUUAUAGAAUUUCAUUUCUUUAAAAAGCUAAAAACUUGCAUCAGGAUUGGUUUUAAACUGAAAUCUUUAGUUUUUGAAAAACUUUAACUGUAGAAUAAGACUUCUAAGUCUAAAUCUUUUCAUCAUCACUGUGUGGUUAAAGAUGGACAGCAGUGGACAAACAUGCCUAGUUUCAUAGUGAAAGCCAGCAGGAGCCUCAUACACUCUGUGCUUUUAUUUCCAAUCUCAGUUUUUCUGUUUGCACACGUGUAAAUUCAGACUGAACGGCACCGUCCAGCUACAGUACACCACCUGUACUUUGUCAGUGUCGGCUCAGACUGUUUUUAUGUUGUUUUUUACUUUUGUAAACAGGUCCAGUGAUCUGCUGCCAAUUUAGUUUUUCAAAAAACAUGAUGUGCCUUUUUCAUGGUUCAACUUUGGGUUCUGCUUGUGUUUAAUUAUGGGCGAGCUGUUUCAGCCUGACAGUCGGCUGUGGUGUGUCAGAGAUCAGCUUCAGGUCAGCAACACUUGGAACCUGAUCAAACGCAGCUUAGCACUCGUCAUACAGCUUUCACUCCCAAAUUGAGCCUGAAUCAGAUUUAUCUUUUGCUUGAAUUGAAAUCAUUUUAAUUAUGUAUCUAACUUUAAUUUAUUACAAUUAAAAUCAGUUAAUUGAAUUGCUCCAAACCUUGUGAUUUGUUCCAUUUGGUUGAGUUGCUUAGGUCUGGAAAAGUAAACUGAUUGGCCAUUCACAGAACUAUAAGAAAGGAUGAUACCAGUGUUUGUUCACUUCAGUGAAUGUUUACUUUACCAUCUUGAAAAUGCCAGUAGCCUAUCAGUGGAUGUACAUGUUUAUAGUAAUUGGAUUACCAUUACCUUCCAGCAGUAAUUUGAUUUCAGAAACAUCCAUGUAAACACUUAAUUUGGUAUCCUUUUUCCCCCCAGUUAAUCAAUUAGAAAUUAGUUUUCUACAUGACUAAAAACCAUGUAUAAACUGGUGAGUAAUCAAUUAAUGCAGCACACUGAUUUUAUUACUUUAAACUGAUUACUCACAGUGAUAUAGUAAGAAAGAAACGAUAGUGGUGUUAUCCUUUCAUUUACAGCAUAAGGCUUAUGAUAUUCUAUAGUGGUGUUAUUUUCAAAACGUCCCAUGUGUGGACCAAAACCAACAAUGUGUUAGUCUGUCUCUCAAUACUUUAACUUCCCUACCUGUCUGUGGGAUUUGCUGGCAAUAACAAUAAUAUAGAAUAUCACCACUUUUUCUUGUACAUGUCAAAUAAGUGUACCAUAGUGAAACUUGGCUUCAGUUAUUUUUCAAUAAACAACAAGAGUCUGUCAAACCUGUUCUGUUGCAGUAAAGCCUUAUGUAACUUUCUGUUAGUCAGGCUUAUUCUGAGCAUGCUGUCCAUCAGAUUAUCAACUGUUUGGUUUCAAAAGAACAAAAUGGUUUCUUCACCAUAUCUGUCUUUGUUAACCUCAGCAUUGAAUGUCUCCAUUGUAAAAAAACAACAAAAAAACUAGACCAGC